GAAGAAAAGAAUAAGAAAAAAAAGAAAGAACAAAGAAUAAAGAAACAGAAAAAAGAAAUUAAGAAAAAAAGGGAGCGAAAAAAAGAGCAAAGCAAUAACACUGACACCAAUUAUGGUGAUACACAUAACAACGGCACCAACUACGGCGACUUCAUGAAACAACUUAAAAGACAACUAAAUUAUUAA